CCGGGCGUUACAAUAUGCUAUUUCUUAGCUCCAUUUAUCAAUCUUGACUCCGUCAUAUUCAUGUUAAUAAUCAGAUUGGCUCCAUUAUAUUCAGAAUUUUCUGAUAAUUCUCCACUUUUCAUUUUGCAUGAUUAUCUUCAUGACUGUAGCAUCAUUUACAGACAUAUAUUUUCUUUGGUCAUUUAGCAUAUAAUUUACAUAAAAUGAUAUACAAAAUUAGAGCUAGUGUGUGUGUGUGUGUGUGUGUGUGUGUGUGUGCAGUUGAUAAAGACAUGCUGUUGCUACAAUGAGACAGAUCAUUUGUUGUGGGGGCUGUUGAACCACACUUAACAAGCUGAGGGAAGUGUAAAAUAUGUGGUCAUUUAUAUAUUUUGGUUGUGUGCAAGUACUGUGAGACAAGUCAUAAAGGUUCACAUGACUGCUGUACUGACAGGUGUGACCCUUUUAUUCAGUGUGGAGCCUGCAGGGGCUGACAGAUGAUAUGGAGUGUUUAAGUCACUAUAACAGCAGUUUUGUUUUGUAUCUGAUGAAAUUUUUAAGGAUGCUAAUGAAGGUCAGUAUUGACUUUUUUUUAAGGAGGCAAGAUAAAAGAUAUUUUGUAGCUUUAUUCAUCCAUAUACAGUAUGUACAGUAUUAGUAACAAGGGGAACCCACCAACCUCCUUGUAAUCUCCUAAAUUUCAUUUUCAUCUUCCUUUUUCCAUUCUCCCUUUAUUGCAUAUUUUCAGAAGUUCUUAUAUCCUUACCCACUGUCUUUUUUCUCUUCACCUCCCCUUCCCUUCUGUUCCAUUCCCUGGUGAUGGCACAGAAUUAUCAACAACAAGCUUUUGACGGCUGAGGAUGAAGUCCGAAUCAACCAGGUACAGGCCAGGUCAUUAGCAGCAGGCAUGGCCGCCGUGCCCCGCCAAGCCCGGGUGUUGAACCUGAGACCAAGCCAGAGUGAGGGCAGUGUCAUUCCUCCUGUCCACUACCCCAACUUCUACUCCCAACACUACCACAGCAAUGAGCGGUCUGGUGUGGUGGCUGAGGAUUCUUUUGAAGAGGACAAUGCUUCUGCUUCAUCUGAGCAGAGACCUCCAUUCUUGGAGACUUCAAUGUUCACCACCAGCUUUGGGUUUCCUCUCCCUUCACUGAUCAUCAUGGUGAACUAGCCUUCAACUUUGCUAUCCUCCAAUUGGUGCAACACCCUGCUCAUAUCCUUGACCGUUUUAGAGAUGCAUACUAAUCAGUCACUUCCUACACUCAUACCUUAUAUUACUUCCCCCCUGAUCUUACAAAACUAACCCUACAAAACUUUAUCAUCUUUCCUGUACUUUAUUUUUAAACACAUCUAUAUGAUUUCAGUCUCAUAUAUGUAUCAAUUUAUAUCACCUAACCCUAUGUGUCAUCCCAUCCAUCUUCAUACUCAACUUUAUAACAAUAUAGAUAUAUAUUAUUCUGUAUAAACCUUAUCAUAUUAUGUUUUUAUUUAUCUUCAUGAUAGAUUUUUCGAUUUUAAGUUGUCUAUUGUGUUUACUUUAAGUAAUGUACUUUUAAAUUUUUCAUUUGCCUGAAAAGCAUCAAGCUUAUACAUAGGCUGGCCAAUAAUGUAUACCUAUCCAAUAAUGAAAUGUAUAAACCUAGGCUAUAAUAAAGUGUUUAAGUGU